UGCGCCUGCGCGGCCCGCUAACCUCACUAUUGUGUUGGUGAAGAGGCUCAGCGUUUUUGCCAUUCAAUUACAGUUACAUUUAUCCGGGCUAUCUUACCACACAGAAACGUUUAUUACAAACUAGAUACGGUUUUUAUGUAUAUUUACCUUAACUCCAGUUUCAACGAUGUUCGAGCAGACCUUCAAGAAUUUCAACAUCAACUUAAACGUGUUGAACGAGAGGAAUACUUUCUCCAGUGGCGAACCAGUAACUGGACACUUCUCCUUCGACCUUACUAAGGAGACGAAAAUCACUUCAAUAACGGCGGUACUGGAAGGAAAAGCGAAUGUCCAUUGGUCUAGCGGAGGAGGGGGAGGGAAGAAGAGAAGACGCAGAAACUUCGCGGCCAAACUGGAGUUUUUUAACUUGAAAGCCGUCAUCAUGCAAAGGAACGGCGCUACUGACGAGGCAGUAAAACUUCAGCCUGGCACACAUAUGUAUCCGUUUACAUGUCAGCUGCCACAGGGAGACUUCCCAUCCUCCUUCCAUGGACUUCAUGGAAAAAUAGCGUACAACUUGACAUUGGGCAUCAACAGACCAUGGCAUAUGUCUAAGGACUUCACAACAGAGCUGAACUUUGUAAACAGCAUUAAUGCCAACCAGCCAGCGCUGCAGAGUCCUCUCUCAGGCUCCAACAAAAUGACAGUGUGCUGUCUAUGGUGUGCCUCCCGUCCUAUCACAAUGACAGCCAGUAUGGAGAAGAAAGGCUACAUUCCUGGUGAAACAGUGAAAAUAAUUUGCGAGUUUAGCAAUGGCUCAUCUCGAACAGCUACUCCGAAGGUGAGGCUGCAGCAGAAGCAGGUCUACUACACCAAAAACAAGGUCAACAAGAGGGAGUAUUGCAAGAACUUGGUGUCGGUGGCUGGAGAGCCCAUCUGCAGUCACGCCUCUGACGUGCACACUGAGAUUACGCUCACUAUUCCCUCAUCUGCGUCGCCCACCAUCUCUAACUGCAGCAUCCUGGUGGUUGAUUAUUUAAUUGAGGUGAACCUCACUGGAUGGGCUUUCCCUGAACUCACAGUUCUGUUUCCCAUCAUCCUGUGUGAUACCCCUGUAGGCAGUCCUCCGCCACCUUGUUUGUGAGUACAUAUGGGUGAGGGCUCACUGGGAUUGAUUUCCUCCUUGCUCUCUCCCUCUUGUCUGGGCCGGGUGUCACCAUGUAAGUCCACUUCCUUUACCCGUUGUUUCAAAUUAAGAGCACUCCAUGUUGUGUAAUCGCGACUUCAGUUAAUUUGGAAUUAUGUUUCUGGGAGAGCUUUACAGUAUUUCUCAGGGUUUUUGUAUCAGGCUCACCUGACCAGGGAUGGCCUCUUCCACUAAGCAUUACGUUUUUACAGGUCAAUAUAUGUUUUGAAAAAUAACUUUUGUGAUGUUUUUUUUAAUGCUUAAUUACAUUCACGAAUUUCCCCUAGGGGAUAAAUAAAAUAAAGUACAUACCCAUCCAUUAGAGAUGUCUCUUUUUUUAAUUUUGACAAACAUAAGAUGCUAAUUUAUGGGGCUAGCAUAGUGACAUUGACUUUGGCAUUGAAAACAGAACCUGAACUGAAAAGGGAAACAAUGGCAUUGAAAAACUUGCAUUUGAAAAAAAUUGUAUUUAGGGGAAGAGCAAGGAGCACGUGAUUUAUUUACAUUCAGAAGCCUGACUCGACCGCAUACCUUGGCAAGGGCUUACACUGGCACACUCACGUUAGCGCUUGUUCCGGCGGACCUCUGCCAAAAGAGAAUCAUGUACGUUAAAAGUUAACUUUGACACAGCAGAAGCAAAGAGAAGCAGACUUAUUUUUCAGUGCUAUUGUUUUUCAGUUUGGGUUUCCGGCUUCAAUGUAAAAUUUGAUUUUCAAUGCCAAAAUUGAAUGUCUCUGUAUGUAUACUGCAACUGCAAAUUGUCAUUCUUUUUAAAGGUGCUAUAUGUAAGAAAGUGAAGCCACUUUGUGUGAUUCACUUUUUUUCUUGCCAAUGUCUGAAUGGAUAUGAUGUUUCCUCACAUGGUCUAUCGGUGACGGAAGGGUACACUGCUCCUUCUUCUUCUCCUGGUGCGCUAUCCAAGCGCCACUAUUGACGGGUCUUCUCAACAACCUUGCAACCUUUUAAACGUGGUUCCCCCAUGUUUUCACUUGGUUUUGUCAGCUUUUUGAUACAUGUUGUCAGCGAAAAGUAGAUUUCAUCUAUGGCAGCAUAAGAAUAUAAUGUUAAAAAUGUAAUGUCAGUUUGGAUAUACACCGUAGUGCUUUGUUUAUACAGCAAGUGACUCUUCAGUAUAUUAGUUACAAGCCAAAGGCACAAAGUUUGCUUUAUGGAAAGUGCCUUAAAGCAUCAUACUGCCGUCAAACAGUUUUCAGUAUGUGUCUGUGUUUAAUCUAUGUAAUGUAAGUUUUGGAUUAUUGCAGAUGUUUAAAGGACAUUCGUCCAGUUUCACCACAUGUCUAAGUACAUUGAAGCAUCAGGGGAAAGGUGUUACAGUUUGAAUGAUAGAUAGAUAGAUAGAAAGAUAGAAAGAUACUGUAUUUAUCCCCUAGGGGAAAAUCAUCUCAUAUAAAAUAUUACCACUUAAUGCCAUAAAAAAAUAGUAUCAUGAUCAUGCAUUGACUCUUAACUGUAAUGAGCAAAGUGAUUUUAACUAUAUUAUUGUAAGUAUGUGUUUUGUAUGUUUUUAUUAUUAUUUAUCAUCUCAACUUCCAUCAUGUCUUGUUACAUAUACACCAUUGUCAUGUACAAACUGUAUUGCAUGUAAACUGUAUAGAGAAGUAUUUUACUCUAUAAGCUGACAAAAAUAAAAGUUUGGGCGCAGUAUG